AUGGCGUCGAGAAACUCCGUAGCAGGAUUCGCGUUAUUCACAUUUGUAUUCGCCGUCAUCUCGUCUCUCGCCGGCGCUCAAAACCUAGCUCCAGCUCCUGCUCCCACCAGUGACGGGACAUCGAUAGAUCAAGGGAUUGCGUAUUUGCUAAUGGUGGUGGCGCUUGUGCUCACUUACCUUAUCCAUCCUCUCGAUGCUUCUUCUUCCCUAAGCUUCUUCUGAUUUUUUUUUUCUAGUUUCAGUUUGUGGAUAACAGUCUUCUCUAAGAGUUUACUUUGCUCAUGAUCUGUGAUUCUGUCUUGAUGAUGAUUCCUGGGGAUUGAAUCUCACUCUCUAUUGUUUUCAAUCAAUCAUAUUGUGUGUUCAUCCUUUUCAUAUUUAAUUUAUUCUUAUUCAUAUAUAUGUGUUGUAUAAUCUUUCAAAUGAAAUUACCAGAAACUUUUGACAAUUAUUAACUUUGAAUUUUUAAAACAAAACUAAGAUUAGCACAUUUCUAAUAA